AUGUCAAAUAGGAUUAAUCAACAAGAAUUAAAGAGUCUUCGAGAAGCAUUUAAUUUGUACGACACAGACCAUGAAGGCGCCAUUGAUGUAAACAAGUUUGAAAAUAUAGUAAAAAGUCUAGGCAUGGUAGGAAUUGACGAUCAAAGGAUUCGAGAGUUAAUAAAGGAAAACGACAGUAAUCGUGACGGAAAAAUUGACUUUGAAGAAUUUGUGAAUAUAAUGAAUCAACUCGUCAGUCAAUCACCUCUGCCUUCACCACAUGAAACAAGAAAGAAUGAACAUUACUCGAAAAGGAUGAGCAGACACGAAUUAGACGAAUUAAAGAUGUGUUUUGAUAAAUUUGAUAAAAAUGGAGAUGGACAAAUAUCAGAAGAGGAAUUGAGAGAAGUCAUGAAAGGGCUUGGAGAACAUUUGACCGAAAAAGAGAUAAAGGAUAUGAUGAAUGACGCAGACACGAAUAAAGAUGGACACAUUGACUUUGAAGAAUUUAAACAGUUGAUGCCUCCAUCAUAA